AUGAAGGACCACGCCGAGGCCCUUCCCUCUCAUGAGGUGUCAGAUGCUUCUGCCCAAGACGAGGUUGCUGACUCCCCUACCCAAGUCGGCAACACCGGUGCCCAAGAGCCUAGGCGCCCAGAAGGAACAUCUGAGCCUCAGAUACACGGGUUCAUGCUAGGGGGCGCUUGGCGAAGGACCGAGGCCCGGCAAGAUACUGCACAAAGGAUCAGUGACUCCCCCUCUGCGGGUGAGCGACCUAACAGCCCGUUGGCUCAGCCCGAACAGGGGCCACAGCCAGCCUCGACGGGCGAACAAUCGUCAAGUCGCACUCAAGAUACAGUAGCUAGAUCCUCUGCGAGACCACAUGUGGACUAUGAGACAGGAGCUGUUGAACCUUUCCCACUGUCUUAUUACGCCCGUCCACCCGAAAGUUACCUUCGCAUCAACCCGCACAGGUCUUCCCCCGGCACUCUGCUUAAUCCCACUAUGCGAACGACCUUAGGUCUGAACCCGCUCAGGCCUUUCCCAGGCCCGCAGGAUCCUUCCGUUGUUCCAGGACCGGCAGCGUCUGCAGUCUCAGGCGCACAAAGCUCCUCAGCCACACCCACGGAGGCCUCAAACCCAUUCAGUGAUCCUCCGAGGCCUUCCGCGCCUGAUCCAUUCCCUGGGCGUGGAAUUCCCUACAGUCCACGGGGCAUGCUUCAAGCAUGGCUCAUCCGACAGCAGCGGCUAGCUGGCAUUCCUGAAACAAUGCUUCGGCCCAUGGGAACUGCCCACAGGCCCCCCGCCAGCCACCGCCCCGCGCCGCCCGCUCCUGGCGCGACUGGUGACCCUGUGCCGCCUAGUAUCGGCUCUGCUUCUGUCUCGGAGGCAGUUCGAUCCAACCUUCUGGUCACUCCAGGUCCCCAUGCUUUCGGUCAAGAGUCCGAUCCAGACUCUCCGGAUCCUGGUUCAUCCCCCACGUCAUCCGGACUUAUAUCUGCUCCUAUCUCGGAGUCAGAUUUCUCGGGGUCGGAUUCAGAUGACUCUCUGGUUGCUCCAAGCUCCCCUGAUUCUGAUCACCUGGCUGUCCCAGGCUCUCCUACCGAAAACCCGCUUGAUGAUCCCGACCUGACGAUUACAGGCUUGGAUACUGCUAGAGAUUUUGCUCCUGCUGAAGGCCCGCAGGAUGCUUCUAAUCUGCCGACUGCUGGUUCGGACCAUGGACCGGGUCCCAGUAGCACUUCCAGCCAACCGGCUGCUUCAGACUAUGCUCCUGCCCGAGAGUCACAGGGUGCCUCCAAUGUGUCGACUUCAGGUUCGGAUAAUGCUCCAGGCUCUGUUGUUACUUCUGACUUGCCGGCUGCUCUGGAUCCAGCUUCAAGAUCAGAUGAAGUUACUCUGGCUUCGCCUUCUGUGCCGAUAGUAGGAUCAGAGAAUCCGAGCCAGCAUGUUGCGCAGAGUCUUUCGGCAGACUACGCCCCUGAUCCUCGUCUGAUAGCCCUCUUGCAACCUCUUAGGCUGCAUGCCACCGGAGAACCAGAUUCGCCUGCUAUGCAGGACUCACCACCAGAAAGCGGUGCGCAUGAAAACAGGGAGACUGCUAGACUUCACCUUCAGUCGCGAGAACGAAACGCAUCGUUCAUCGUGCUCAAUCGCACUGAUGCUGACUCGAUCAGUUCACAGGAAGCCGGUUCGCAGGAAGCCGGUUCGCAGGAAGCCAGUUCUCGGGAAGCCAGUUCUCGGGAAGCCAGUUCUCAGGACGAUCUCGGGGUGGAGACGUCCUCCAUCGAAUCACAGGGUUCAGAAGAUAUUCCGAAUCCGAUUCCCUCUCCCAUACCAGAUGGGGCUCUGGCUCCCAGCCCCUCGCUUGCAUCAGCAGAGGGAGGUGCGAGCGCUAACGCCUCUCCUGGCGAGACUUCGGAGACCAGCGGCGGAUUGCCUGUUACAUUCGUUUGGGCACAGGACGAUGAAGAUCAGCCCAGACAGCGUUUCGUCAUUGAUGGAACGGACGAUGGGCUUAUCUAA